UGUAACCAGCAUCCUGUAAUCGGGUCACAUUUCAGUGAAGGUUCAGCAUCCAUCCCUUGCUGUUAGGAGAAACAGAUCCUCUGACUCGGUGUUCUCUUGCUGAACCCUGGUUAACAGGAAUCAUGGUGCUCUUGUGUCUUGUGUCUCUUCUCCUCCCGAUGCUGAUGCUCUCGGGGUCUCCGGUCCAGGCGGAUGGAAAGCGAGGUGGCAAAGAUGCGGCUGAGAAAAGCGCUAAUUUCAUGGAAGACGAGCAGUGGCUGGCCACCAUUUCCCAGUACAGUCGCAAGAUCAAGAACUGGAACCGAUUCCGAGAUGAUGAUUACAUCAGAUCAUGGGAUGAAAAUCAAGGCUCAAAUGAAAAUGUAGACACCACUAAAGACCCCUGCCAGAAGGUGAAGUGUAGCCCACACAAGGUGUGUGUUGCCCAGGGCUACCAGCGUGCUGUGUGUGUCAACCGCAAGAAGCUGGAGUACAGGCUGAAGCAUCCAGUGGUGGGUCAGCAGGAGAACAACUGCAAACCGUGCCCUGUGUCCACCUCUGGGCCUGUGUGUGGUUCUGAUGGACAUAACUAUGCUUCUCAGUGUAAGCUGCAGCAUCAGGCCUGUCUCACAGGGAAAGAGCUGAGUGUGAAGUGCACUGGUCCCUGCCCAUGUUCCACUUCAGCUGUGCCGAGUACAAUGACAGACAGUACACACGACAGUUGUACAGGCCAGGACCUAGCAGAUUUGGGUGAUCGUCUGCGGGACUGGUUCCAGCUGCUUCAAGGCAAUGCCAAGCAGAACAACACACGCAAGCCUACUGCAGCCACCUCAGCAUCAAUUUUGGACCGCACUCUAGUGGCAACCUGUAAGGACUCCAUUGGAUGGAUGUUUUCAAAGUUGGACACUAAUAAUGACCUGUAUCUGGACCAGGCUGAGCUGGCUGCUAUUAAUCUGGACAAGUAUGAAGUAUGUAUCCGGCCCUUCUUCAAUUCCUGUGAUUCCUACCGUGAUGGCAAAGUCUCCACAGCUGAGUGGUGCCUCUGCUUCUGGAGAGAGAAGCCUCCCUGCCUGGCUGAGUUAGAGAGGAUCCAAAUGCAGGAAGGAGCCAAAAAGAAGCCAGGUACAUAUAUCCCCAGCUGUGACGAGGAUGGUUAUUAUAGGAAGCUGCAAUGUGACCAAAGCAAGGGGGAGUGCUGGUGUGUAGACCAGCAUGGAGAAGAGUUAAUGGGCUCCAGAAUCCAUGGCAACACUGACUGUGAUGAAGUGGCUGGCUACUCAGGGGAUUUUGGCAGUGGCGUGGGAUGGGAGGACGAGGAGGAGAAAGAAGCAGAGGACACCGGAGAAGAGGCUGAAGAAGAGGAGGAGGAGAUUGGGGAAAUGGAUGAUGGUGGCUAUAUCUGGUAGACCAAAAUGAAAUGGUUGCCUGGUCAAGAUAGCUUUACUUUGACCACUGAUUCAGAGGCAGCUCCAUCUCUUGCUGACACAAAAUAGUGGAAACUGGAGGGUUGGACAUCUCUAUACUGAACUCCAAACAGCAGUGGCCGGGGGUGGGGGUGGGGGGUUGCACUGGGGAUUUGAGUUGUGGUAACUGUAGUGAAAUUAUGGGUAUGGGAAAGAGUUUAAAAAAUGAUCUUAUAUAUACUUGUGAAAAAUUUUCUUUUGUUGUAUGUUCAAGAUUGUGCUCUUCUGAUAAAUUCAAUAGCAUCAGCAAUCUUAAGCUGGAAUCUAGGUAAUUGAUAACUGGACAUUUUCUCUUUAGAUGAACUGGAGCUUUGCAAAUGCUACACAGCGUGCUUCAUCUCAUCAUGUGACGCGUUCUUCUUAUGCAAGAAGCAUAAACUAAAUGCACAUAUAUAUUUGGAAACGUUACCUUUUAGUCUCAGACUUUUAGGGUAGCAUUUAGAUUUGAACUAAGACAGGCAGAACUCAAGUGAAAAUGUACAAAUGACUGAAUUUCUUGACCUUUGGCGGGUACAUCAUUUACAGGUUUAAUUUUAACCCAUAUAGUUUCACAGGCUAGAACUCAGCAAGAAUAAAUUCAAAAGCCAAAACUGCUCUGAUAACUAGCCACAGCUCAGUUAUGGAUACAUUAUCUGGCUAUCAAGUGUUUCUGUGUCAUUUCAAGAUACAGUAUGUCCUGUCCUUGUCUGUAAAUUUGUGCAACAUCAUAAUGCAUUUCUUGUUGGUCAAAAUAUCAAAUGUAAGGCCAAGCUUUGCAUAUUCCUUAACAUAUUCUGCAGAUCGCUCCUUCUACACAGUUACUCAAAGGAAGGCAUUUUAUUCCCUAUAUAUCCCCUGAAAGUGGAUAUAGUGAAGCACUGUGUUUCCUUGUAUACCAUGUGUUGACACUGAACAUCUUGUGAGACCCAGCAACAGUUUGUAAAAACAUGGUUUCCACUUUCAGAUUUUUAUCAUAGAAUCUGCUCAAAAAGUAGGUUAGGGAAAAAUGCUUUAUCUCUGAGGUAACAGUAUGUCACAGUAAAUAUAUGUAUGAAUGCCAGUAUGGAGAAUAAGAUACGCAACCUGAUGACAGCCAGGGGGACCUGUCUGUAUUUCUAUUUGUCUGUCGACUAAUCAGAUCCUCUCAUCGACCAUGGUGAAACAGGAGUCUAUUGUAAUGUUACUAGGUGUACAUAUAGUUUUGGUUUACACUGAGGAAAACUACAUUCAUGUACCAAACGCAUUAAGCCAUUCUUGGUAUAAACGUUUCUGUCACCAGGUAAGACUUGACUUACAAGGUUGUGUAUGGUAUCAGGUCAUCUAACAGCGAGACAUCAGACGCCAGUGAUUUCAUACACAUAAAAACAGGUCUUUUGGCGUAAACACUGUGCAAUUUGUAUCAUACACUGAAACAUUCAUAACAUACUCACUCCCUCUUGAGAGCACAAGACUGUUUGAAAAUGCUUUUCUAUGCUCAGCACAAGACGCACAGGCAUUGUGCAUAAUCCAUGCAGAUCUUAAAUGUGUGUGAAUCACAGAUAUUAUCUGGUAUGGUAAUACAUUCAGACAUAUCCAGGCUGUGAGCUCUAAGCAGGAUUGGGAGUGUGAUGUAAUAGGAUGUAAUAUGCUCGUCUUCUCUUUAAAUCAACAAGAGAUAACAACUAGUUUUGUGUAAGAAUGAAUAAUUGGAUUUUUUCAGUUGGAUUAACGUUUAAUCCAUGUCAUUAGAGUGCCCGUCACUCCAGUCUGAUUGUGAGGAGAUAAUGUUUUUGUUUUCCUCAUGUGUAUGAGGGCAUCACCUCUGAGUAUGGAUUAACUUGCAUAUGAUCGUAUUAUCAUAUAAAUUUAUCAUUGUAAAUAGUUGGAGUAUACAGACACAGUGUAUUUGCCCUGGCAGUUGCAUUAUAUUUGCAUUUAGUUGCAUGUUUCUUUGUCCAAAUGUAUCAUCUUUUUGGCUCAGUAUAAUUACGAUUAAAGGCAUUGGGCCCAAAUAUUGUGUUCUCUUGUACUUGGUUAUUCUACGAUUGAACCCUCCAGUCAUAGCUACAAUCAGUCUCGCUCUCAUCAGGUGGGAAAAACAAAUUAGUUCUUCUCUAAUGUUGAUCGAGAGCAGUGAUAAGAUGUAAAACUUGGCAGUAAGUGAUCCCAGCAGGUUCAGCCGAUUUAUGACUUUGACGCAAUUGGCCGACUUCUUUGGUUUUUAAGAACCGAAUGUUUGCCCUACCCUACCUAACACUAAGAGUACACAGACUCACACCUAAAACAUAUUAUUUUAAAAAUACUAAAAAUAUAAACUGGCAGCUGGUAUCUAUAAUACCAUAGGAGAUCCAAUUAUUAUGGUGGGAAUUA